AUGAGUGAGAAUACUAAAAGAGCCCAGAAGGACCUUGUGAAGGCCUUGACCAUCCAGCUAAUCUUACCACUCGUGAUGAUGAGCCAAGCGAGCGGGUAUUUCUGGCGUCAGUUCCGAUUGCCCCUUGCCGACUACUUUCCCUAUUUUGAAGAAUGGUCUUUUUUGAAUAUUGCGAUUGUGAGCCUCUUCAACCCGUUGGUAACGAUCUACUACGUGAAGCCCUAUCGCAAGAAGGUGGUAGAAAUGUUCCGACUGGACCGAGCUUCCCGAAAAACCGCCCAAGCUACUUAUGAACAAACCCAGACCCAAUCCGAAAACCAGGACACUCUACCAUCGAAUCUUGAAAACUUUAUU